AUGGAUAAGGUUGAUCGCAAUUUACUCAAAAGCAUCUUAAAUAGUGACACUAUUUUUGCAUUGUUAGCAGCAGUCGCACUUAUUUUGGAAGCGCUAAGAAAAUUCGUUACUAGGACUUCUAAUAUCGCUACUACUGGGAUGCAGGGUGCUCUGGCUUUGUCAUGCCUAAUGUUUUUUUGGAACACAGCAGACAGCAUUACAAGAAGAAUCACAUCGGAAAGAUUCAGCAUGGAUGGAGGAUUUGGAAACCCAGCCGUCAUUGUAUCUCUUAUUGAGAUUAUUAUGGUUCUGGUUUCCAUCAAGAUGCUGUUUUUCUAUCCUUUUUCAGGAGAAGAGGUAUCCUAUAGUUAUGCUAACUUUGGACUUCUUGGUGCCAUAUUUCUGCCCUAUAUCUUCAGUGAGUGUUUGAGGCUCCUUAUAAGCUACAAGAAGAACACCAGGCGAGACAAGAUGGUUUUAUCAGUUAUAAUAGUGGGAUGUUUAACGAUGAUGGCAUUGUCAUUUAUGGAAUACAGUAAAGACAAAAACUAUAUUGGCGCAGGGCUGUUUGGUAUUGGGUUAUUGAUGCUGGCUGUUCGCCUUGGGUUUAUGCACGAAGAAGAAGCUGAGGAGCUUUUCAAUGAAGGUGAAGAUGAGGAUUCUAAGAUGUGGGACUACGUUGCCAUAUGUGCUACACUUGUGCUAGUAUCGAUUAUAUUAGCCUGGUCGCACAAAAUACUAUUUACUAAUCAAAAUGCUAGUUUCCUUGAGGUUCUCAAGUCACUUACUUUUUUAGGUAAAGAAGCACCCCCACAGAAGAAGGAUGAAAGCUAG